AUGAGCUUCAAAGCAAAGGACCUCCAUUUUGACAACUCAGAGCCAGCGUUUUUGCAGCGCCUGCGUGGGCAGCUCACCAGUGGAGACACAGCUCGUCAUGAACAUCCAAUCGCUAGGAACAAGAGGAUGAAGAAAGAGGAUGACGAGGACGACGCGCCUACUUAUGUCAUGGAAGAGACAAAUCAGUCACUGAGUAAAGAGGAGUAUGAUGCGUUUGUCUCAGGCAAAGACAGCAAAGGUGAAGAGGAAUCUACUGUGGACGAAGCUGAGAAGAAGAAAGAUAGUGACGCUAAAUCACAAUCCAAAGACAAGAUCGCCGAAGUUGGCGCAAACGCAAAGAAGCGCAAGGCGGCAAAGAUUAUCGGCGACGACCAAGACGAGAGCAACGAGGGAGCAGAGAAAGACGUGAAAAAGCCAGACGCCAAACCUGCAAAAAAACCGAAGAAGGCUAAAGCUGUAAAGCUCACCUUUGGCGAGGAUGAGGGUUGA